AAGAAAUGACAGGUGACCAAUAUGAAGGGAUUUCUCAUAAUAAAUAGAAUAAAUGAUAUCUUGUUUACAGAUUGCGAUGAAGAAUUUAUACAGAAUGUCAACAAUCAAGCUAUAGAAGAAGGAUUACUUCAGGCAGAGGACAACAAUGGAACAUUGGAUCAUAAUGUAUUGAUGCAGCUGUUUUCACCACUGUUUAUGUCACAGUGGUUGCUGAUUGAUCACAAGAAGAAUCCUUGCCUGUCAAUCACCUGUGAGAAUGAUUAUCUCUUUGUCUUCAAACAGUUUGAAGAUUUGCUGUUGAUUGUGAUAAAUGGAGAUCAGACAGAGAGUGAAGAGUUCCUACACCGGAAGGUCUGUGCAUUUGUGAGACUCAUGGAGUUCCUGUUUGGGCCUGCUACAGAGGAAUUGGGGCACAGUAAGUUUGCAGCGAGAAGAGACCGAUGGGAUUUUGUGAGAGGUGUUAUUUCAACUUAUAAUAAACUCGUCCUGGAGGAACAGUCCUUUCUGGUUGAGGCUAUCGAGAGACUUCAGGUGAACCAAACUGUUAACGUUAAAUGUAUGGAGCUUCUCGAGGCAGCCAUUAAUAAGAUACAGAAAUCCGGAGAAAAGGCCACUCUUCAUGCACUUCUUAUCAUCAACAGUAAACUUCUAUCUCUAUACUCUGAUCGUAAUUCGGCUGAACUACAGGCAGCAGACAUUCUGUCGAUCAUAUUGCUCGUCCAGCAGAUGUUUCCUAACAAUGAGAAACUGGAAGAUUUCUUUGCUUCUUCUUACUGUAAACCUGACCCAGGAAAUCCUAUGGAAGAGGUAAAGACGCCAGCUUCAGCCCGUACCAAUCCUCCCAAUCGAGAUCGGUAUGAGAGUGCCCUGGAGGGGGAGGAUGAGGAUUCCUUAGAUGAUGCUGAUGACCAGUAUCAGAGUGCCAGUGACACUCCAACACAAAAAAGCAGAAAGGAAUCUUUCUCUACGGCAACAGGUAGUCCAUACCCGCAGGUAUCUGAGAUGGGAGAGGCAUUUACUACGCCACCAACAGACACUCGUCCUAAGCUGUGGCCAAAGGUAGAACAAGGGCUAAAUGUUCCUUCAUCACGUGGUCGAAGUCGUACCAGUGAAGAUGUGUUCACCGGCAUGUCAUCCUGGAGAAACUUGUUUGGUACAGGGCGGGCCAGGAGUACAAGUAUGAUGGAACACUCAUCAUCUUUAUCCCAAUCAGGUGGUGGAUCAAAGUCCGACAGCAUGAAGUCGAUAGUGGACGACACACCUCCUCCAAUACUGACAGCACCACAGAGGACAGAAAAUGAUAGCUAUGUCAGGCAAACUGUGUUUCUCUGUACAGACAACUGUUCAUUUUCUCCACACCAACUGCACUGUCUACAGAUCUACCCAGGAAUGGUGCUAGUCCUCGUUAGUCAGGUACCUAUGGGGGGACAUGCUGACAAACUGUGUCAACUGCUGUUACUUUUGAAGGAUUUGUUGUCAGGACGACGAACCAGAGUCCAUCGCACACAGGGACAGGAGUUGUUUGACAUGAUCACUUCCCUCCUCCACAAACUCGUGCCUGCCAUGAAAAAGAUCAAGGGUAACAUUGCUGUGAUUUUCAACAAGAUACGAGCCGGUUGGGAUAAACCUGAGUUUAAAAAUUUACUGCUGGAAUACCUUGAGAAGACUUCCUGUGGAGAAAUCCCACCUAGUGUAGAGCGUUCCUUGAACUUGUUACUGAAGGGAGUGAAGGAGCUCUUCCUCUACAUGUACCUCCUCCCCCGAGACAUUCCAACUGCAAUCUUAGAAGCAGUGCAGGUCAUACACGAGAAAGCUAAGGUCAAACUGCGAGACUACAAGGACUAUCUAGCUGUCAAGGCCCAGCGCAACAUUACCAUGACAACAUACCUGGAUAUGUUUCCUGGCCUCGUUCACUUCAUCUACAUAGACAGGAAGACAAAUCAAGUCAUGGCACCCUCGCUCAACAUCACGACUAGCGAGGAUGGCACAAGUACGGACGCCACCCAGCUCCUCAAGGAAAAGAUUUGGAAAAUGAUAGAAUGGGUACAACUAAAGCUGAAGAAUGGCGUCACCAUGGUGACAACAAGAGAUGGCGACUAUCAUUUUUCCUAUUUCCUAUGGUUUGAAGACUGCAAUGGUGGCCAGAUGCCAGUCCAGCAGCAGUAUCAGGCUUCUCUGGCCCAGUCUCCCCCAGGGAUACUUUCCGGCAAUUUCUACCGCAACUUGACACGCGAGUCCUUUCCCAAUGUGGUACCAGGCUCCGUCAACUGUUACGAACUCAUGAUGAUGCACAUUGGCCUAGUACAUACACAGUACAUUGUGAACCAUUGUCAGAAACUCACACGUAUGAUGUGGGAUAUAUCUGGUGACCCGUAUUCUCCCAUGAGUUUAGUGUGGUGAACGGGUGAUGGUCUUAUUGACCAUUGUCAAUAAUUUACAAGUAUGAGGUGCGAGAC